GUGCAAAAUUAUUUAUGAUCACUUCCAACACGAAUGCAUUCAGUAUUUACUACGACAGACCCAUGACAUACACAUCUGAUGACCUCAAGUCAACUUUGCUUAGUGUACCUAAAGAUUGCUCACCUGGUCUUUGAGUCUGUGAGUUUCACAUGAAGCAAGCCAGGUGAAAAUUAGUCUUAACAUUUAAUAUUGUUUUUCUUUUCUUUUUUAAUUUUGUAAAGAAAUAAAUGAAAGCCCCUUUAUAGCUACUCUCUACUAAUGAAAAGGGGAUGUAUCAGUCACAUAAGAUUUUAUUUUAUCCAUUGUGUGGAGCCCUUACAAAAAGGACAAAGGGCCACAUGUGGACUUAGAGCCACAGGUUGCAGACCCCAUGGUUAUGCAUUUUUUAUGUUUACCAUAAAACAUGAAUAAAACUUGAAAAAGUGGUUUGGAAAAAUUGCACAAUUGCAUUUCAAUUGGACUGUAGAUCUCUGUGAAGUUUACAUUUUUCGUUGACAUCUCGGCUAAUAAUUAUAAAUUAAAUUUCUUCCAGUCCACUUAGAUCUCAUCCAUAGUAAAAUAAAAUCCACACGAGCAGUUGGCAGUACUUUUUUAGCAGACAUGAAGCAUGCUCUGUAAUGAUUUGGGGUUGCAUUUGAGGAAGUGGUGCUAGGGGCCCAGUAGGCAUUAAUGAAUCCCAAGCAUACUAACAAACCUUGUGAGCAUACAGAUGACAGGGUAUAUAUACAAACUGUACUAUAUACAUAUACACGGUGUACUGUAUAUAUCUCUCUAAAUAUACUGCGUGUGUGUGUAUGUGGAGAGAGAGAAAGAGCAGCGGUGUACACUGAAAACCGGGCUCCGAAGGGGAAGGGGCGACCGCUGUGCGCAUGCUCAGACUGCGCUCCCUGUCUUAUUAAUUUUUAAUGGAAAAUGGCUGCUUUUCUUAUCCAAACCUCUGGAGCAGGGAAAUAAAAACUCGUCUGACUGACACCAUCUCGACUCCUGUUAAUCCCCACUGAAAUAAAUCCGCGGCGUUGUGGCCCCACGUCAUCUGACCGAUGUCCUGCUCUCCGAAAAGAUUUGGGCAAAUGGAUGGACCCAGGCUUUAAAGGGAUGAAAGAUCAUUUUUCUAUUUAACCCUUUCUGCUCCGAGAUCUGCGAACAAUCGAGCAGACAAUGAUGCGCCAGGUGACAAGCAGCGACUUCUGCAUCAAUAGCAGACCGUCAUGUCUGGCUGAGGACAGCCACCACCCAUCUGCUCACUUUGACCUCUGCACCUCCCAGUCCAACAAGUUCUACCCACCGCCUCCUCCAACAACGCUUCAGAUGACACUGACGCCCAUGGCCUUACCCAGCCAGAGCCACAAGUCCUUAGCGUGCCAAAGACAGGAAGUGCAUGGCGUUGACCCACGAACACCUGCGAAACUAGCAGGCAUUAAGAGCAACGACCAAGCGCAGAGCGAUCCCAAGAAGAAGAGCAAGGCCACUGGUAAGUCAGGGAGACGUGGGCGUCCGUUAGGAACCACAAAGCUGGCUGGAUACAGAACCAGCACGGGGCGACCCCUGGGCACGACUCGAGCUGCUGGUUUUAAGACGAGCCCAGGGAGACCUCUGGGUACAACCAGAGCAGCGGGAUACAAGGUGAGUCCAGGGCGACCUCCUGGCAGCAUCAAAGGCUUGUCUCGCCUCAACAAACUAGCCUACGGUAGCACCUGCAGCGGAGCGGCUUUCCCAUAUCCACUGCCACCACAUAAAGAAAUUCUCUGUGAACCUUCCUGCAAAGAGAAGACAACAAACGAGUAGUCAUGAUCCUCCAGAUGUGGAAUAGGAGAUGCAUGUGUGACUGUAAUCCUUUUCCAGUCUCCUGAGAGGAGAUGCUUUUCUAUGAUUCGUGUUGGUGUCAUCUGUGUGCCUGCCACCUGAUAUAAUACUGUUACAUUUUCAGAGCUACUGCUGGAGGACUGUAGCCUGUGGCAGUGUGAACUCCUCGCUGCUCUGUUGUCUUUAGGGUGAAAUAGAAAUACAGUAUGUAUCAUUUUUAUUGUCCUUGUCUUUUUAAUUUGUCAUUUCACCAUCAACACAUAUUAUUUUACCAGUUAAAGCCUUUUCCUCAAGAAAACGUCAAGGAUUAUUAGCAACUGUCCAAUGGAUAUAAAAGAAAACCCUUCAUAAUCUACAUUUACACAAUGGAAAAAAGCAACAUCCUGUCCCUUUACAAGAAAAUGUCUAAAAAAAGAAAGUUUAAAAAACAUUCCCAGUGUUUUGUUUGACAAAAAUCAUUUUAAGAUCCAGAAAAAUCCAUCAUAUUCACAGCAACUCACGUGAAAUCUCAGAAAAUUUAUUGUUAAAAUAUUUACCAUCUUGUACUGCAGUUCACAUCAUACUGUAUGUCUUAUCUUUGUCCAUGCACAUUUGUUUGGCUUUCCCCAUCAAAGUGUGAUGGUUUUGGUAUUACUUAUGUAUUUUGGACACUGAUCCAGAAAGUGAAGACAUUUGUUGAAUUUGGUGCAAUAAUCUGUCACGUCUAUUGCUGUGUGGGAUCUUUGAUACUAUCAUUAUUUUUUUUUUAUUAUUGUUGUAUUUUGAUACUGGUGUAACAAGGCCUUUAAUUGCUUGUUUUAUUGACAUAUGUGUAGUGUUCAUAGCGGUAACUUAAAUAUCACACGUAAAAACACUUACCAAAGAACAAUUUGUUAUCUCAUUUAAAAUGUGUGCUGUUUGAUUUGGGAAAGUAUUUAAUCAUCCAAGGGAAUAACCUGAGCAUGAAAACACCUGUAUGAAACUUUUAAAAAAAAUCAAGCACCUAGAAACCAAUGUAACAUAAAAAGUAAAAUUAUUGUUUGAAUUGUUUUGAAAAGCAGGCUCAUAUAUGACUACAUGUGUAAUGUUUAGCUUAUUGUUUCUUCUUCAUGUUUGAAUGAUAUGUUGCAUUUAAUAUCACAGUUGAAUUGAAUUGACCCUUUGACCACAUCUAUAAUGUUGUCCCUUUUUCUCAAUCUCAAGAAAAUUAUCCUGAAAAAGAUCUUGAACUGGUUUGAAAUGUAAUGAGGUCAUAAAUAUUUAACACUAAUUAACUAGAACUAAGUAUGGACCAGUUUAAAGUGAUUUAAUCCUCCUGAAGGAACAAGAUGUGUUAUGGAUCUUACAUUUCAAUGAUUUACCCUAUGGAAAAUUAGCAUUUCAUAUGUACAAAACCUACACAACAUUUAGGAAUUUAGAUCCUAAUUAUAUCUGAAAACACAUUAUCAUUUAGUUUCAGUUAAUUCAUAAGUUUGAGGAGAAUAUAAUUUUCAUGGAGCAGUGGGUGAUGUGGAAACAUAUGGACAAAUAAGUCUUAAGGACAUUUCCUAACCUUAGACUGAUAAAAAAAUCCUAAAAUACUUUACCUGUGAUAAGAGCAGAAGUCUUGGAUGCUCAUGUACAUGCAUCUAGAUAUGUGAAGUAAUAAUGUAGGCUGUAAGUGUGAUUAGAUAGAUCUCCAUCAGGCAGAAGAUAUAUAUUUGUCAUGGUCAUCCAAACUUUAAUUUUUCUUGGUUUAUCAUAUUAUAUUAGAACGGUGGUCUUUUGCAAUGUUCACAGUCUUAGAUGAAUUGAUGAAAUUACAUUGUGAUACUGACUGGUGUGGUUAUUAGCAUGUUAGGUGAAACCUCAAAGCACUCAAGGUCUUUUACUUUUUCUUUAGAAAAAAAAAAACACAAAACAAACAAAUGUGUGAACAAGCAUGUAAGACUGUUUUUGUUGUUAAAGAUAUUUAUUUCCUUGUUAUUUAAAAGACUGGCAUUUUAAAUUAAUAGGGUUAACCAUUUUAUAAUUUGUAGAAUGAAAAAAGACUCAGUUGGGGAUGUUAAGUUUAGCUUUUAAAAUCUCAAAUCAGCACUUACACAACGCACAGAUGUCACAGACUGUAUUGUUUGGACUUUGAAACAGUUUUUGUGUUAAACAUCUUCACCAUUAAACUGAUAUGGUCUGUUGUCUGUAGAUAAUAUUUGGGAAAAAAGGUAUUACCUCACAUUUUAAGUGUUUUGGGGAUGUGAAUACCAGUUAUUCAAAAGGUAAAGCCUGUAAAGUUUGUACAAUUCUUAUUUUAUUCUUGCAUGAUUGUCGUGGAAUGUGUAAAUCUUGUGUUAUAAAUCUGAAAGUAAAGCAGUCUUUUCUCGGA